CUUCAUAGCGGUGACAGAGCAGCAGCAGGUACAGUCUGCUUGCUAAUCCUCUGCUUUAAAUUCUAGGCAGAAACUCAAAAAAUGCUUUUCUAUUCCUGGUGAAAAGUCACCAUUCAUACAGAUUUAUUUAAAUUUACUGUUUAAGGCUGAAGCAGUUGAAGCGUUGGAGUACAGAAUAACGCCGUGGCCUGGGAAGGAAGCUGGUGUACUUGUAUUAUGUUUCAGAGGGCAGGUCUGUUCUUUUGUGACUUAGCAAUUACUUUUCUAUCAACCUCCCCAAAGUUACUGGAAAGACCAGCACAGACCUGCUGAAACUGGUUGCCACAGGAUCACUGGUCGGAGCAAGGCCCUAGAUUUAAUUUCUGCAGGAAUAAAUGCUUUGAGCAUAACUCUUGUCUUCAGCAGAGCAAGGAUUUUUGCCUGUGGUGAUCAAAUUAAAGCAUCCCUAGUGAGGCGAGGUACUCCUUCCCUCUUCUCCUCCCUUCAGGAUGAAUUUACUGCUUCAAUUGCUUGCGAGCCCUGGGAUUAAAGUGACAUCAUCUGUCUAAUUUAGCUCCUGAAUUAAGGUAGUUAUUAAUAAAAGUCCAAGGAAUACACUUAUUCCCCCAAGGAGGUUAUGGCUUAAAUUUUUGAAAACAAAGCACUAUAGUACCUAAAAUUACUAAUAAAGAAGUAUCCUUGACAUAUAUGUUCUUUUUUUCCUACUUUAAAGCCACGAGGAUUUUUCUUAGCAGGGACACCUUACCUUCUAGGUGCAGAGCUCUGGAUGUUUACGGUUCAGUUUUUGGGUGGCAGAGGAAUUUGGAAUAUAGAGUAAACCCUCAGGUUUCAUGAGGAAAUUGCCCUGGCCUGGCUUACAUUUAUGUUCUAUAAAAUAUUAAGCUAGUGGGACUCGUAGCAUGAAUGGAAUAAUGUUUUUAUAGGUGCUGUGGGCAGAUAAUUCCUGUAUAGGAAGCUUUAUACUGUCUAAUUAUGCCUGCAUUCGUGAAGCGGUAAUGCUUUAAUUAUAAUUAAAGCAAUACAACUUUUGUUUAGACAAGCCAUUAGCUUUGUUAUGCAUUAUCUGUCAAGUCAAUUGACUCUAACAAUGAAUUGCAGUUUUCUUUGUACUAGGUAAAAUAGGGUGUCCCCCUGCCCCUGCUCCAGUGGACCCAGGUGCCCUUUGAGUAUUUUUAACUUCACUGUCCAUCAACAGGAGCUGUGGCAACCUGUAACGCUGUUUGCUGAGAACCUGGACCUGAAAGGUGGCAUUCUGACACCUAGGAGCACCACGACCCCGGGAUGACUGGAGAGAAGCUGCUUUGGUUCACAGUCCGUAUUCCCACGUGUUCGUUGAAAGGUGACAACACUUCCAAUCUGGGCACUUGAGAUCCGUGGGCUGGGCCUGGGUCCACUCUGCACUGUUGAGGUAGAUCUGGGGCGUACCACCUCUCCUUCCCAACUCCAGGGAGUCAUGGAGGACAAACGCAACAUCCCCAUCAUCGAGUGGGAGCACCUGGACAAGAGGAAGUUCUACGUGUUUGGGAUUUGCAUGACUAUGAUGAUCCGGGUGAGCGUUUACCCUUUCACGCUCAUCCGGACGCGGUUGCAGGUUCAGAAGGGCAAGAGCCUCUACAACGGGACCUUUGAUGCCUUUGUGAAAAUCCUGCGGACAGAAGGGACAGCUGGGCUAUACCGUGGCUUUUUGGUCAACACUUUCACCCUGAUCUCUGGCCAGUGCUACGUGACGACAUACGAGCUCACCCGAAAGUACGUGUCACGCUACAACAACAACAACGCUGUGAAGUCCCUGGUGGCGGGCGGCUCAGCCUCCCUGGUGGCCCAGAGCAUCACGGUGCCCAUCGACGUGGUCUCCCAGCACCUCAUGAUGCAGAGGAAGGGGGAAAGCAUGGGCAGGUUCAAGGUGCGGAACCAAGAUGGCAAGCGGAUGCUGGUCUUUGGCCAAACCAAGGACAUCAUUGUACAGAUCUUCAAGGCCGAUGGCUUUAGAGGCUUCUACAGGGGCUACGUGGCCUCGCUGCUCACCUAUAUUCCCAACAGCGCGGUUUGGUGGCCCUUCUACCACUUCUAUGCCGAACAGCUCUCUAGCCUGACUCCUAAAGACUGUCCCCACCUCCUCCUGCAAGCUAUAUCCGGGCCGCUUGCGGCUGCCACAGCUUCCACGCUCACCAACCCCAUGGACGUCAUCAGGGCUCGGGUGCAGGUGGAAGGCAAGAGCUCCAUCAUCCUCACCUUCAAACAGCUCAUAGCAGAGGAAGGUCCCUGGGGCCUGACGAAAGGCCUCUCUGCCCGCAUCAUCUCAGCCACUCCCUCCACCAUCGUCAUCGUGGUGGGAUACGAAACGCUGAAGAAGCUGAGCCUCCGUCCAGAGCUGGUGGAUUCGAGACACUGGUAGAGACAGCUGGUGGGAGAGAAACCUUCUUUUGAACCUUCUGGAUUUGGACCGUCACGGUUGAAAGCUCAGGAGGAGAGGCGGCUGGAGGCUCCUCUGUCUCCAGCUAACAGGGAGCAGGUUUCACAGUACAAGGCAGAAGCAAGAGCAACAGCAAUUCACCUCUUAGAUCUGAUUGCAAUACAAUGCUCUGCUGCUGUUUCUGGUUAAAAUCAUCAAAAAUGUGACCUUUGGCAAUGCUCUUUGCCUGUGACAGUUCCUUCCAGGGCAGCCAGGUGUGUGAAUGAAUCCUGGCAAGUUCUUAAUUCUCUUUUUUUUUAAAUUAAAGACUUAGCAGUUGGAGCAAAAAGCCAGUUUAUUCUUUAAAUUAUUUUAAUGUUUGCCAAACUUCUAAGAAGGGCCAUGUAACAGACUGCAGCAGAGCCCUCUGGUGGGUUGCGUGCUGAUUGCAAUUGUACUGUGCGAAGGCGGAAAAAUAGUAUAGACAAGUAAAUUUUCCCAAUCAUCCACUUUUAUUUCUAGAAGAUGUGAGAAGACAGUAACCUGGAACCACUUAAGACCUUAUUUACUGCCUUUGGAAUAGCUCUGUACAUACCUUUUUUUGUAUAUUCUUGGAAAAUGUUUCCUAGCUCUCAUCCUUCAAACAGCAAACCAGCUGUUAGGCAAGUUAAGAAUCGUGUUGGCUGUCUGUAAUUAGUUGAUGGCAAUUUUGACACCUAACCUAUGUUUUUAAUCUGUUGUUAUUUAAUUUUUUAUUUCAGGGAAGCUUAUUCUGAUUUCUGGGGGACUGAAUGGUUCUGUGGCCUUGUUCAAUGUGAGUGUCAAUACUGCAUGUUCAGGGGAGACAGAGGCUGCUGCUGCUUCCCCCCUUCAGUCGGUUUAAGCACAAACAAGUCCAGAGCGUGGGGGAAGCGUCAGAUUGCUGUGCUGCUGGGAACUGAACAUGAUUUGAGCCACAACUGGACGUGAGGUGGGGAAGAAAAAAAGCUUCUACUGGCUUUUGAUCCAGUUCAAACCUGAUUGGCAUGUUCAUAUUGAAUAAGAAGUAAUGGUUCGCUAAUACAGUGCAAGUUUAAAUCCUGCUUAUCCUGUUUGGGAAGGGCAAGGACAACUCUUUGCACGCUCUCGCUGGAUCAAAAUCUUAAGCGAUGUUGUGUUUCUUACCAAAUGAAAACUCGCAGUCAAGUUAUGAAGCAAGAGACUGCUCUCUGGGGAGGAGGAGCAAAGGGAUUGCUUGACUCGCUCUGCUCGUCUCAAUAUUUGAGACUAGCGUCUCGCGCUGCCAGCCCGCACGCGGUGCUCACCCCGGUUAGUUGUGUGUCUGACGGGUGAGAGAGACGCUUCCAAAUAAGCGGCCUGCGUAGCUGAGACAGAUAAGUUACCGCCUCUGUUCAUCUCGCUGCCAACACGAGGGAUUUGUGGUUGUAGGGUUGAUCCUGCUAAACUGUGGCUGCUGCCAGUCUCUCAGCUGCCUUUUCACCUUGGACUCGGUACGGCUCUUGCCUUUGAGCCCCGGUGCAGAGACUGGACGUGCCGCAGUGUCUGUCGCGGGUGGAGUAAGUAUAGACAGUUGCUGCUGAAGUCAGAGAGCGACGUUAAUGUUCAAGGGCGGAACUUGCUCUUAAAGCACAGCACCACCUCUUAAAUAGGGUUGCGGAGGAGUCUUCAAAGGCUUCUUUUAAUCCCGCUUUUGUUUUCUGCAGCAUUAAGUAAGGUGAUGUAUGCCAGAGCCACUGACAGAGCUGUUGAGCAGCCUGCAGAACACUGCUUUUGUUGUUGGAUUUUUGUUGUCGUUUAAAAGGCUCUUCUGUUAAAAUCGGCCCAUUCUAUAAUAGCUGAUUCUGCUGUAAAGAUUAUGAAGUGGAAUAGCAGCAUCACAGAAUGGCUAGGAAGCAUCCCGAGUGUGUAGUAGCCCUGGUCUUGUGCAGAGGCAGUAGCAAUACUGCUAUUAAAAAAAAUAAGAAUAAUAAUCAGCAUUUGAUGGUUACCAACAGGAUGGUUCUCAGUGUGUCAGGGGAAGCGGCAGACACCACAACUUCAGGGAGACAGUCUCAAGCUUAAUGUUCUUCUCUUAAUCAGAGAAGUUCUGGUAACUACUAAAACUUUACAGACCUUGCACUCAACACCUGAAUUUAAAAGUUUCAGCGCACUUGCCAGGCGAGUCUGCCAGUUUGUGUGAUUUCGCAACCAUGCUUUCUUAUUUUAAAGCUUUACCUUUCAAGCAGCACUAGGAGAGACCUACCCAGCAGAGGCUGACUGGAAAAACAGUGCAAGCGAUUACGCACAGAGCUGGACAAGCCAGAAAAAACAGCUAAAGCACGCACAGCACCUGAAACCGUAGGUUAGGCAGUCUGGAAAAGCGCGAGUCCUCCCUUAUAGCGCUGUUAGUUCUGGUUAACUCGUACGAGCAGUGGAGUAGCUUUGCAAGGCAAAACUGUGAGUGAUCCGUCUCUUUUCCUUCUUUCUGUGCUGUACUUGGAUUACGCGUCUGCCCCGUUGUCUUCGCCUCGAUCGAUGCUUUUUGAGGCGAUCAAGGUGAGGAACAGGAGUUGGUUGUUAAGCUCGGACAGGGCGGAGGUUUGCACUGAGGCUCCCAAGAGGAGCAUGUUGUGUUUGAUCGGUCUCCAUUAGCGGUUAGAGCGCCGUUUCCUGCUGUACCGGGGCAGGCGAAGCCGCCCCCCCCCCCCCCGGUGGUUUUACUGAUCCCUGCUGUGCUGCUCCAGCCCCGGGGGGCUGCUGUUGGGGGGACGCCCCCCUGCCCCCGGGGCACACUGUGUUCUGCACGGCGGCAUGCAGCAUCCCACCGGUGCCGUGCCCCCCCUGCUCGCGCCCUGCAUGCCCCCGGCCCCCCCGCGCCGCUCCGGGCUUUGUGCCGCGGCAGAGGGGCUGGAGCCCCCCGGGGCCUGGCCCGUGGGGGGGGGGGGGGGGGGACCGGGGGGGUCCUGCUGCCGAGCUUGCGCUGGUGUAACGAGUCCCCGAGCGGCGUCAUUAAAGGUUUUUUUUGUUAUUUAUCUGCA